CUCUCAUGGACUUGAAGCAGAUAGUACCGCUUCCCACCUUUUCAGGGUCUUUCUGUUAUCUAGGUCAACAAUUGGACCACGUUUCGAAUUUUGAACAGCAUUACGCCGCUCUCAUUGCGCUACGGCGUAUUUGUCGCGCAUUCCACGAGGCGAUGAAUCAUGAGACUAGCCAUUCCGCCAAUCCAAAAGCUAUAUCAUCUGUUGUACAAUACCACGCGAACCAACUAGAAAGAUGGAAGUCUAUACUACCGCCAGCAUUACAGUGGGAUGAUGCUCGAAGUGCACUAGUAGACGGUGAGCUUUUGUUUGGGUCAGAUAUCAGUGACAAAAGCGAAGAAGCCGCUCGUCGCAAAUACGUCCGCGACGUGCAAACUGCGCUACUUCGAACCCGAUAUUACUAUGCUCAGUACAUGAUUUAUCGUCCUCUCAUGUAUAAAGUUUUGCACUUCCCUAAGAACAUAACGACCGACGACGUGUAUGGUGUCAGCUGUUGUUUAAAGAGCUGCCUAAAUUGGCCCUUAUUAAUCGUGGCUCCUGGGAAACAAAAACUCUUAUUGCCAUAUCUGUUCUACUGGAGUCAAAACUUCCUUGGUAUACUGCUUGUGUUCUAUUGUACCCAGAUGUCGCCUCUCCUAGGUUCGAUUAGAAAGGGGUUUCUUGAUGAAGGGGAUAUACAAAAAUCUUUGGAUAUUAUGGCCGCAUCAAUUCAGGAGAUGAAAAAAACGGAUCAAAUGGCUUCAUGGUCAUCACUUGUCGUUGACUUACUCUAGGAUAAAAUGAACUACAAGUCUUUGUGGCU